AUGAGUCUUACUGUGAUGAAAGUUAGGACCCCCAAGGUCAGGCUAGGCAACAUCAACGUCCAAGAGCUCAACUCCGUCUCAGCAACACCUUCAUUCGACACUAGAUUCACAACCCAAAUCAGAGUCAAGAACACAAAUUUUGGUCCAUACAAGUAUGAUGCUGCAAUUGUCACGUUUUUGUACCAAGGAACGAUUCUCGGGCAAGUUUCUAUUCCAAAGAGCAAGGCUGGAAUGCUUUCGACCAAAGAGGUUGACGUUGAGGUGAGCUUGAGUUCAAGUGCAUUGAGCGCUACCAAUCUUGGCAAUGAAUUGAGCAGUGGGGUAUCGACACUCAGCAGUGCGGCUAGGUUGACCGGAAAGGUUGAAUUGAUGUUUAUAAUGAAAAAGAAGAAGGCUUCCACUAUGAACUGCACCAUUGUAUUUGAUCUGUCAUCAAAGACGCUCAAAAGUUUGCAAUGCAAGUGA